AUGGGAAAAAGUUCAAAAGAUAAACGAGAUAUUUACUAUCGAAAAGCAAAAGAGCAAGGUUGGAGAGCAAGAAGUGCAUUUAAACUUCUCCACAUCGAUCAAAAGUUUGACAUCUUCACGGGGGUUAAAAAAGCUGUAGAUUUAUGUGCAGCUCCAGGUAGUUGGAGUCAAGUUCUUUCAAGGAAGUUGUAUAUGCGCGAAACUACCUUUGAAAUUUUUGAAAAUUCGCCUGAAUCUGUAACGGAUGCAAAAAGCAAGGAAGUUGAUAAAGAUGUCAAAAUUGUUGCUGUCGAUUUGCAACCGAUGGCCCCACUCCCUGGAGUUAUCCAAUUAAAAGGUGAUAUCACUGAUUAUGAAACAGCGGUGAAGAUUAUGGAACAAUUUGAUGAUAAUCCGGCUGAUUUAGUUGUUUGUGAUGGAGCUCCCGACGUGACCGGCAUGCACACUUUAGAUGUUUAUAUUCAAGCCCAAUUAAUAGUUGGGGCUUUACACAUUACAUUUAACAUUUUAAGAAAUGGGGGAACCUUUGUUGCAAAGAUAUUUCGAGCUAAAGGAAGUGAAUUGUUGGUUUCACAAUUAAAUAUGUUUUUUGAAAAUGUUUUUAUUGCAAAACCUUAUAGUUCAAGAAAUAGUAGUGUGGAAGGUUUUGAUCCAAAAUUAGUAUCAAAAUAUUUAGAUACUAACAAUAAAGAUUUUAGUACUCUUACUGGAGUUAAUAGGAUGAUAGUACCAUUUUUGAUUUGUGGCGAUUUUAGCGCUUAUGAUUCUGAUACAACUUAUUCUUUACAGUUCCAAAAUUUCAAAACUAUAUGA